CCGCUGUCCCGGCUCGGGAGGCCGCCGCGGGCAGCGGGCAGCGGGCGGGCAGGCAUGCCGCCGCUCCUGCCUCCCCUGCUCUGCCUGGCGCUGCUGCCCGCGCUCGCCGCACGAGGUCUGCGAUGUUCCCAGCCCAGUGAGAGCUGCUUGAAUGGCGGGAAGUGUGAAGUGUUCCUCAACGGCACAGAAGCCUGUGUCUGCAGCGGGGCCUUCGUGGGCCAGCGAUGCCAGGCACCCAAUCCCUGCCUCAGCGCCCCCUGCAAGAACGCUGGGACGUGCCACACGGUGGACCGCGGUGGCCUGGUAGACUAUGCCUGCACCUGCCGCCUGGGCUUCUCUGGGCCGCUCUGCCUGACGCCCCGGGACAACGCCUGCCUCUCCACCCCCUGCCGCAACGGUGGCACCUGUGACCUGCUCACACUCACUGAGUACAAGUGCCGCUGCCCCCCGGGCUGGUCAGGGAAGACAUGCCAACAGGCUGACCCGUGCGCCUCCAACCCCUGUGCCAACGGCGGCCAGUGCCUGCCCUUUGAGGCCUCAUACAUCUGCGGCUGCCCACCCGGCUUCCAUGGUCCCACCUGCCGGCAGGAUGUGAACGAGUGCAGCCAGAGCCCCGGGCUCUGCCAGAAUGGGGGCACCUGUCACAACGAGGUGGGCUCCUACCGCUGCACCUGCCGUGCCACCCACACCGGCCCGCACUGUGAGCUGCCCUAUGUGCCCUGCAGCCCCUCCCCCUGCCAGAACGGGGGCACCUGCCGCCCCACGGGGGACACCACCCAUGAGUGCGCCUGCCUGCCAGGCUUUACCGGCCAGAACUGUGAGGAGAACAUUGACGACUGUCCUGGAAACAACUGCAAGAAUGGAGGUGCCUGUGUGGACGGCGUGAAUACUUACAACUGCCGCUGCCCUCCAGAGUGGACAGGUCAGUACUGUACUGAGGACGUGGACGAGUGUCAGCUGAUGCCCAACGCCUGCCAGAACGGUGGGACCUGCCACAAUACGCAUGGCGGCUACAACUGCGUGUGCGUCAAUGGCUGGACUGGUGAGGACUGCAGUGAGAACAUCGACGAUUGUGCCAGCGCCGCCUGCUUCCAUGGUGCCACAUGUCACGACCGUGUGGCCUCCUUCUACUGCGAGUGUCCCCACGGCCGCACGGGUCUGCUCUGCCACUUGAACGACGCCUGCAUCAGCAACCCUUGCAAUGAGGGCUCUAACUGUGACACUAACCCUGUCAAUGGCAAAGCCAUCUGCACCUGCCCGUCAGGCUACACGGGGCCAGCCUGCAGCCAGGACGUGGAUGAGUGCUCUCUGGGUGCCAACCCCUGUGAGCAUGCAGGCAAGUGCAUCAACACGCUGGGCUCCUUUGAAUGCCAGUGUCUGCAGGGCUACACUGGCCCCCGCUGUGAAAUUGAUGUCAAUGAGUGCAUCUCAAACCCAUGUCAGAAUGAUGCCACCUGCUUGGACCAGAUCGGGGAGUUCCAGUGUAUCUGCAUGCCUGGCUACGAGGGCGUACACUGUGAAGUCAACACGGAUGAGUGUGCCAGCAGCCCUUGUCUCCAGAAUGGCCGCUGCCUGGACAAAAUCAAUGAAUUUCUGUGCGAGUGCCCCACGGGCUUCACCGGGCAUCUAUGUCAGUAUGACGUGGAUGAGUGUGCGAGCACGCCCUGUAAGAACGGUGCCAAGUGCCUGGAUGGGCCCAACACCUACAGCUGCAUGUGCACAGAAGGCUACACGGGCCUCCACUGCGAGGUGGACAUUGAUGAAUGUGACCCCGACCCCUGCCACUACGGGGUGUGCAAGGAUGGGGUGGCCACCUUCACCUGCCUGUGCCAGCCGGGCUACACGGGCCACCACUGUGAGAGCAACAUUAAUGAGUGCCACAGCCAGCCCUGCCGCCACGGUGGCACCUGCCAGGACCGUGACAAUGCCUACCUCUGCUCCUGCCUCAAGGGGACCACAGGACCCAACUGUGAGACAAACCUGGACGACUGUGCCAGCAGCCCCUGUGAGUCAGGCACGUGCCUGGAUAGGAUCGACGGUUACGAGUGUGCGUGCGAGCCGGGCUACACAGGGAGCAUGUGCAAUGUGAACAUCGACGAAUGCGCAGGCAACCCCUGCCACCAUGGGGGCACGUGCGAGGAUGGCAUCAAUAGCUUCAUGUGCCGCUGCCCCGAGGGCUACCAUGGCCCCACAUGCCUGUCCGAGGUCAACGAGUGCAGCAGCAACCCCUGCAUCCAUGGGGCUUGCCGGGACAGCCUCAACGGGUACAAAUGUGACUGUGACCCUGGGUGGAGUGGGGCAAACUGUGACGUGAAUAACAACGAAUGUGAGUCCAACCCCUGUGCCAAUGGGGGCGCUUGCAGAGACAUGACCAGCGGCUAUGUGUGCACAUGCCGGGAAGGCUUCAGUGGUCCCAACUGUCAAACCAACAUCAACGAGUGUGCGUCCAACCCGUGCCUGAACCAGGGCUCAUGCAUUGAUGACGUGGCUGGAUACAAGUGCAACUGCCCGCUGCCCUACACAGGGGCUACAUGUGAGGUGGUGCUGGCCCCGUGCGCCCCCAGCCCCUGCAGAAACGGGGGUGCGUGCAAGGAAUCUGAGGACUACGAGAGCUUCUCGUGCAUCUGCCCCACGGGUUGGCAAGGACAGACCUGCGAGGUCGACAUCAAUGAGUGUGUGAAGACCCCGUGCCGCAAUGGUGCGUCCUGCCAGAACACCAACGGCGGCUACCGCUGCCACUGCCGCGCCGGCUACACGGGGCGCAACUGUGAGACGGACGUGGAUGACUGCCGGCCCAACCCGUGCCACAAUGGCGGCUCCUGCACAGAUGGCGUCAACACAGCCUUCUGCGACUGCCUGCCUGGCUUCCAGGGGCCCUUCUGUGAGGAGGACAUCAAUGAGUGUGCCAGCAACCCCUGCCGCCAUGGCGCCAACUGCACAGACUGUGUCGAUAGCUACACCUGCACCUGUCCCACGGGCUUCAGCGGGAUCCACUGUGAAAACAACACACCCGACUGCACAGAGAGCUCCUGCUUCAAUGGUGGCACCUGCGUGGAUGGCAUCAACUCCUUUACCUGCCUGUGUCCACCGGGCUUCACGGGCAGCUACUGCCAACACGACAUCAAUGAGUGUGACUCCCGGCCCUGCCUACACGGUGGCACCUGCCAGGACAGCUACGGGACCUACAGGUGCACCUGCCCGCAGGGCUACACGGGCCUCAACUGCCAGAACCUCGUGCGCUGGUGUGACUCUUCACCCUGUAAGAACGGCGGCAAAUGCUGGCAGAGCAACACCCUGUACCGGUGCGAGUGCCACAGUGGCUGGACUGGCCUCUACUGCGAUGUACCCAAUGUGUCCUGUGAAGUGGCCGCCCAGCGGCAAGACGUCAAUGUCACCCACCUCUGCCGGAACGGGGGGCUCUGCAUGGAUGCAGGCAACACGCACCACUGCCGCUGCCAGGCAGGCUACACAGGCAGCUACUGCGAGGACCAGGUGGAUGAGUGCUCACCCAGCCCCUGCCAGAACGGGGCCACCUGCACCGACUAUCCUGGUGGCUAUUCCUGUGAGUGUGUGGCCGGGUACCACGGGGUGAACUGCUCCGAGGAAAUGAAUGAGUGUCUAUCCCACCCAUGCCAGAAUGGGGGCACCUGCAUCGACCUCAUCAACACCUACAAGUGCUCCUGUCCCCGGGGCACACAGGGUGUGCACUGUGAGGUCAAUGUGGACGACUGCAGUCCCCCCAUCGACCCCGUCUCCCGGGGCCCCAAGUGCUUUAACAACGGCACCUGUGUGGACCAGGUGGGCGGCUACAGCUGCACCUGCCCACCCGGCUUCGUUGGCGAGCGCUGUGAGGGCGACGUCAAUGAGUGCCUGUCCAAUCCCUGUGACAUCCGAGGCACCCAGAACUGCGUACAGCGUGUCAAUGACUUCUACUGCGAGUGCCGCGCAGGCCACACUGGACGCCGCUGUGAGUCCAUCAUCAAUGGCUGCAAGGGCAGGCCCUGCCAGAAUGGGGGCACCUGCGCCGUGGCAUCUAACACAGCUCGUGGCUUCAUCUGCAAGUGCCCUGCGGGCUUUGAGGGUGCCACGUGUGAGAAUGAUGCCCGGGCCUGCGGAAGCCGGCGCUGCCUCAAUGGUGGCACGUGCAUUUCGGGCCCGCGCAGCCCCACCUGCCUGUGCCUGGGCCCCUUCACCGGCCCCGAGUGCCAGUUCCCCGCCGGCAGCCCCUGUGUGGGUGGCAACCCCUGCUAUAACCAGGGUAGCUGCGAGCCCACCACCGAGAGCCCCUUCUACCGCUGCCUGUGCCCCGCCAACUUCAAUGGGCUCCUGUGCCACAUCCUGGACUACAGCUUUGGGGGUGGCCUGGGCCUCGACAUCCCCCCACCACAGAUAGAGGAGGCCUGCGAGCUGCCUGAGUGCCACGAAGAGGCGGGCAACAAGGUGUGCAGCCUGGCAUGCAACAACCAUGCGUGCGGCUGGGACGGCGGCGACUGCUCGCUCAACUUCAACGACCCGUGGCAGAACUGCUCACAGUCAUUGCAGUGCUGGAAGUAUUUCAGCAACGGCCACUGCGACAGCCAGUGCAACUCUGCUGGCUGCCUGUUCGAUGGCUUCGACUGCCAGCGUGCAGAGGGCCAGUGCAACCCCCUGUACGACCAGUACUGCAAGGACCACUUCGGUGAUGGGCACUGUGACCAGGGCUGCAAUAGCGCGGAGUGUGAGUGGGAUGGGCUGGACUGUGCAGAGCAUGUCCCCGAGCGGCUGGCAGCUGGUGCCCUGGUGCUGGUGGUGCUCACACCGCCUGCACAGCUGCGCAACAACUCGCUGCACUUCCUGCGGGAGCUCAGCCGCCUGCUGCACACCAACGUGGUGUUCAAGCGUGAUGCUCAUGGCCAGCCCAUGAUCUUCCCAUACUACGGACGAGAGGAGGAGCUGCGCAAACACCCCAUCAAACGUGCGGUGGACAGCUGGGCCGUGCCUGGGGCCCUGCUAAAUCGGGUGGAGGCUGCAUUGCUCCCUGGUGGGGCUGGACGCCGGCGCAGGGAGCUGGACCCCAUGGACAUCCGCGGAUCUAUCGUCUACUUGGAGAUCGACAACCGGCAGUGUGUCCAGUCAUCCUCGCAGUGUUUCCAGAGCGCCACGGAUGUGGCCGCCUUCUUGGGUGCUCUUGCCUCGCUGGGGAGCCUCAACAUCCCUUACAAGAUUGAGGCCGUGCAGAGUGAGACCGUGGAGCUGCCCCCGCCCCCGCAGCUGCACUUCAUGUACGUGGCCGUGGCCGCCUUCGUGUUGCUCUUCUUCGUGGGCUGCGGGGUGCUGCUGUCCCGCAAGCGCCGGCGGCAGCAUGGACAGCUCUGGUUCCCUGAAGGCUUCAAGGUGUCAGAGGCCAGCAAGAAGAAGCGGCGGGAGCCCCUUGGCGAGGACUCCGUGGGUCUCAAGCCCCUGAAGAAUGUCUCAGAUGGCGCGCUCAUGGACGACAACCAGAACGAGUGGGGUGACGAGGACCUGGAGGCUAAGAAGUUCCGGUUCGAGGAACCGGUGGUUCUUCCCGACCUGGAUGACCAGACAGACCACCGGCAGUGGACGCAGCAGCACCUGGAUGCUGCCGAUCUGCGCGUGUCGGCCAUGGCUCCCACGCCACCCCAGGGUGAAGCCGAUGCCGACUGCAUGGACGUCAAUGUCCGAGGGCCAGAUGGCUUCACGCCCCUCAUGAUCGCCUCCUGCAGUGGAGGAGGCCUAGAGACGGGCAACAGCGAGGAGGAAGAGGACGCUCCAGCAGUCAUCUCCGACUUCAUCUACCAGGGCGCCAGCCUGCACAACCAAACAGACCGCACCGGCGAGACCGCCCUGCACCUGGCCGCCCGCUACUCGCGCUCUGAUGCGGCCAAGCGCCUGUUGGAAGCCAGCGCAGAUGCCAACAUCCAGGACAACAUGGGCCGCACCCCGCUACACGCGGCCGUGUCCGCUGACGCACAGGGUGUCUUCCAGAUCCUCAUCCGGAAUCGAGCCACAGACCUGGAUGCCCGCAUGCAUGACGGCACGACGCCACUGAUCCUGGCGGCCCGCCUGGCUGUGGAGGGCAUGCUGGAGGACCUGAUCAACUCACAUGCUGAUGUCAACGCUGUGGAUGAUCUGGGCAAGUCUGCCCUGCACUGGGCCGCUGCUGUGAACAACGUGGAAGCUGCCGUUGUGCUGCUGAAGAAUGGGGCCAACAAAGACAUGCAGAACAACAAGGAGGAGACACCCCUGUUCCUGGCCGCUCGGGAGGGCAGCUAUGAGACCGCCAAGGUGCUGCUGGACCACUUCGCCAACCGGGAUAUCACAGACCACAUGGACCGCCUACCUCGCGACAUUGCGCAGGAGCGCAUGCACCAUGACAUCGUUCGGCUGCUGGAUGAGUACAGCCUUGUACGCAGCCCCCAGCUGCACGGCCCCGCCCUGGGCGGCACGCCGACACUGUCCCCCCCGCUCUGCUCCCCCAAUGGCUACCUGGGCAACCUGAAGCCAUCUGUGCCGGGCAAGAAGGCCCGCAAGCCCAGCACCAAGGGCCUGGCCUGUGGUGGCAAGGAGACCAAGGACCUCAAGGCACGCAGAAAGAAAUCCCAGGACGGCAAGGCCUGCCUACUGGACAGCUCAAGUGUGCUGUCACCCGUGGACUCACUGGAGUCACCCCACGGCUACCUGUCAGACGUGGCCUCACCACCUCUGCUGUCGUCUCCAUUCCAGCCAUCCCCAUCUGUGCCUCUUGGCCACCUGCCUGGCAUGCCUGAUGCCCACCUAGGUGUCAGCCACCUGAGCGUGGCCGCCAAGCCUGAGAUGGCCACAUUGGCUGGGGGUGGCCGGCUGGCCUUCGAGGCGGGACCGCCACGGCUCUCCCACCUGCCCGUGGCCUCCAGCACCGGCACUGUCCUGGGCACCGGCAGUGGCAGCACUAGUGGCAGUGGCGGAGGGGCCGUAAAUUUCACCAUGGGUGGGGCCACGGCCUUGAACGGCCAGUGUGAGUGGCUGUCCCGGCUCCAGAAUGGCCUGGUGCCAAACCAGUACAACCCACUGCGAGGGAACGUGGCACCGGGCCCCCUGAGCUCGCAGGCCCCUGGCCUCCAGCACAGCCUGAUGGGCCCACUGCACGCUGGCCUCCCCACCACCGCUGCCCUAUCCCACAUGAUGAGCUACCAGGCCCUGCCCAACACUCGCCUGGCCAGCCAGCCUCACCUGGUACAGACCCAGCCACUGCAGCAGGUGCCGCAGCAGCAGCAGAACUUACAGAUGCCGCAGCCCGGCCUGCAGCCGCCGCCGAGCCUGCAGCCACCCACUAUCCAGCAGCCACAGAGCCUGCCGCCACCACCCCAGCCACCCCAGCCGCACCUCGGGGUGAGCUCGGCCGCCAGCGGCCACGUGGGCCGAAGCUUCCUGGGCGGAGAGCCGAGCCAGGCAGAUGUGCAGCCGUUGGGUGCCAGUGGCCUGGCGGUGCACACUAUCCUGCCACAGGACAGCCAGGCCCUGCCCACGGCACUGCCUGCUGCACUGGCCCCGGCCAUGACCACCGCCCAGUUCCUGACCCCGCCCUCACAGCACAGCUACUCCUCCUCCCCUGCGGACAACACCCCCAGCCACCAGCUGCAGGUUCCCGAGCACCCCUUCCUCACCCCGUCCCCUGAGUCCCCGGACCAGUGGUCCAGCUCGUCGCCACAUUCCCACGUCUCUGACUGGUCGGAGGGCAUCUCUAGCCCGCCCACCAGCACUCAGUCCCACAUCGCCCACAUUCCGGAGACGCUCAAGUAAACAGCCAGCACCCCGGUGGGACCCUGGCUUCCUUUCCCAAGCCCUGCUGGGGCGUUUGCGUGCGCACCGCAGACACCGGGAUGGACCGAAGGGGCUUUUUCUUAAGAAACAUGUUUUUAUACAAAAUAAAAGGACAAGGAUUUUAAUUUUUUUUUAGUAUUUAUUUAUGUACUUUUAUUUUCCGAGGAAACACUGCCUUUUUUAUUUAUACUUAAUGUUUUCUAUGGCUCCAGGUAACAAUUUUUAUCUGUUCUGAGAAAAUAAACUAGUGCUCAGCCGAGAUUUUACUACUUAUGAUAUUGUUACGUGUUUGUAAAAUAUGAACAAAGAUUCAUGAUUUAUAAAUGCCACUUAUUUAUUGAUUUUGUUUUUCCUUCAAAAUCCAAAAGAAUGAUGUCGGGGAAGGGAGGUUUGAACCCGCAUUGUCCAGAAAGGUGCCAGGGUGACUGGGGGCUGAGGCCCUGUCCCCGCGUGCCCCCCCGCAACCCCUCCCCCGACCCCACGCCUGGUCCUGAGCCUCCUGCCUGCAUCACCUGUCACCUACUUUGUGGGAGGAGACGCAUCUAGAUGCAAAUAAGACAGAACCUUCACCUCACCUUUAGCAUGUGGAUUAAUUCGCGUUUAAACCAGGAGUGUGAAAUAUAAAAUGAUGUGGUUUCUUUAACGAUUUUUCUGAAAACGUGCUUUUAAAGAUGUGUUCUUGGGGUGUCCCGCGAGCACAUUUCAUGGUACCGAUCAUGAAUCUUUGUUUCAGGUUCAGUAUUACAUAGUUGUGGAUUGGUCUUGUGAGUUCCUGUUUCUUUUACAAGCUCCUCUGCCCCCCACCCUGGCCUUGAUAUGUAAGCAUUGUGUAAGAGUGAGGAGUCAGGUCUCCGUGAGGCACCCACCUUGCCCCCUGACCCCCGGGGAUGCCAUGUGGGAGAAUCCUUUUCUGGGGAAAGACACUGCCUGGACCACCCUGUUGGAGACGCCGGCACCUCACUAGACCCCACGAAAGAUCAGCUGCUACCCCCUGGCCUGGGUUCAGCUCGCAGAGCGAACAGCUCUCGGCCUCGUCCUCAUGGGAGACUUCCCAGCGCUGUGGCUGUGUCCAGCCUCGGUUUGCAGAGACAGCUCAUCCCAAGGCCUGACACAGCUCCAGGGUCACGGGAGCCAGCUCCGGGGCCACUCCUCCUGGUCUGGAGAGGGGUGCGUGUGCCCGGGGAAGGAGCAGAUUCUUGCAAUAUCAAGUAUAAGCCUGUGGCAAAGUAAACGUCUGUAAAUACAUUUUUAAAGGUGGAUUUUGUUUAAAAAAUCUGAAUGAACAGGUGUGUCCGGGGUCAUGCUGAUGAGGGAUGUCAGAACAUGGCUCUGCUCACCACCAGGUCUGGCGGCCUGACCUGCAGCCGCCGGGACCGUAGCUCCUGAGAGCAAACCCAGGGAAGGCCUCCCUGCUGCCUCCGCCAGGCAGCCUCUCCGGCCUUGCCAAGGGGCAGUGUCGUGUGCCAUCCCUAGUGGGCAUGACCUCAGACAUGCCCUGAGAUGUUGAUUCUUACUGUGUUUUGUAAAAAUAGAGUGUAGUUUACAGGAAAAAGGAAACUUUUUUAAAAAGUUAUCUAAGUGCAAAACUGUAGGUGAUGAAAAUGCUGUAUUUUUUUUUCAUCUUUUUUUUUUUUUUUUGUUAACUGAUUUGCAAUAAAAGUAAUGCUGAUGGUCAUCCCAAUUUUGCUAAA